AAUCGUGGGGCGUUGUGGGCACCCCACACAUCUUAGACCUCCCCUCUCUCCUCCACAGAGGAAAGCAUCCUGCUCCGGCUGAUAGGAUCAGCAGAGAGCUGCGUCCCACUCCCGCAAGCCCAUUCUAUGAGAAUGGUUCUCUGACUACAAACCACUUAGCUGACAGCAAGGGGGGUUGUCCGGUGUUAGACUCAUCCAUGCGCUGAGAGAUCCUUACGGAUUUCCUAGGCCUUUCUUUCCACUGGGGCGAGGGAAGUGGAACUGAAGCCCAGAGGAGGGAUGGGAUCUGCCCCUCAUGACAGAUCACAAGUCUGUCUUCUUUGCAGCUGGGUUCUCCCGGUGGAGUUGCCCGCGUGCGGGUAGCGAAGGUUUUCCUGGCAGCGGUCACCGCACAAGCAAGGGGCCACCGGCAAAGCUAGAAAAGGCUGCGAGGGGCGGGGGGGAGGGGCGGGGUGGGGUCAGGCGCUUGACUCCGCCUCCUGGCGCUAGGUUCUGCCUGCGGCCGGGCGCUGUCUCAGUCUCGGCUGCUUGCCGCUGUCGCUCCGGGGCUGCGGGAUGACGCCUCCUCCUCCCGGACGUGCCGCCCCCAGCGCACCGCGCGCCCGCGUCCUCAGCCUGCCGGCUCGGUUCGGGCUCCCGCUGCGGCUGCGGCUUCUGCUGGUGUUCUGGGUGGCCGCCGCCUCCGCCCAAGGCCACUCGAGGAGCGGACCCCGCAUCUCCGCCGUCUGGAAAGGGCAGGACCAUGUGGACUUUAGCCAGCCUGAGCCACACACCGUGCUUUUCCAUGAGCCGGGCAGCUUCUCUGUCUGGGUGGGUGGACGUGGCAAGGUCUACCACUUCAACUUCCCCGAGGGCAAGAAUGCCUCUGUGCGCACGGUGAACAUCGGCUCCACAAAGGGGUCCUGUCAGGACAAACAGGACUGUGGGAAUUACAUCACUCUUCUAGAAAGGCGGGGUAAUGGGCUGCUGGUCUGUGGCACCAAUGCCCGGAAGCCCAGCUGCUGGAACUUGGAGAUGAAGUGUACUCUACCAUCCGGAAGCAGGAAUACAACGGGAAGAUCCCUCGGUUUCGACGCAUUCGGGGCGAGAGUGAACUGUACACAAGUGAUACAGUCAUGCAGAACCCACAGUUCAUCAAGGCCACCAUUGUGCACCAAGACCAAGCCUAUGAUGAUAAGAUCUACUACUUCUUCCGAGAAGACAACCCUGACAAGAACCCCGAGGCUCCUCUCAAUGUGUCCCGAGUAGCCCAGUUGUGCAGGGGGGACCAGGGUGGUGAGAGUUCGUUGUCUGUCUCCAAGUGGAACACCUUCCUGAAAGCCAUGUUGGUCUGCAGCGAUGCAGCCACCAACAGGAACUUCAAUCGGCUGCAAGAUGUCUUCCUGCUCCCUGACCCCAGUGGCCAGUGGAGAGAUACCAGGGUCUAUGGCGUUUUCUCCAACCCCUGGAACUACUCAGCUGUCUGCGUGUAUUCGCUUGGUGACAUUGACAGAGUCUUCCGUACCUCAUCGCUCAAAGGCUACCACAUGGGCCUUCCCAACCCUCGACCUGGCAUGUGCCUCCCAAAAAAGCAGCCCAUACCCACAGAAACCUUCCAGGUAGCUGAUAGUCACCCAGAGGUGGCUCAGAGGGUGGAACCUAUGGGGCCACUGAAGACACCAUUGUUCCAUUCUAAGUACCAUUACCAGAAAGUGGUCGUUCACCGCAUGCAAGCCAGCAAUGGAGAGACCUUCCAUGUGCUUUAUCUAACCACAGACAGGGGCACCAUUCACAAGGUGGUGGAAUCAGGGGACCAGGACCAUAGCUUUGUCUUCAAUAUCAUGGAGAUCCAGCCCUUUCACCGUGCAGCGGCCAUCCAGGCUAUAUCAUUGGAUGCUGACCGGCGGAAGCUCUAUGUGACCUCCCAGUGGGAAGUGAGCCAGGUACCCCUGGACAUGUGUGAGGUCUACAGCGGGGGCUGCCAUGGCUGCCUCAUGUCCCGAGACCCCUACUGUGGCUGGGACCAGGACCGCUGCGUGUCUAUCUACAGCUCCCAACGAUCAGUGCUGCAGUCCAUUAAUCCAGCGGAGCCACACAGAGAGUGUCCCAACCCUAAACCAGACGAGGCUCCAUUGCAGAAGGUUUCCCUGGCUCGGAACUCUCGAUACUACCUGACCUGCCCCAUGGAGUCCCGCCACGCCACUUACUUAUGGCGCCAUGAGGAGAAUGUGGAACAGAGCUGUGAGCCAGGCCACCAAAGCCCUAGCUGCAUCCUGUUCAUUGAGAACCUCACGGCCCGUCAGUAUGGCCACUACCGCUGCGAGGCCCAAGAGGGCUCCUACCUCCGUGAGGCUCAACACUGGGAGCUGCUGCCAGAGGACAGAGCACUGGCCGAACAACUAAUGGGCCAUGCCCGGGCCCUGGCCGCCUCCUUCUGGCUGGGGGUCCUGCCCACACUCAUACUUGGUCUGCUGGUUCACUAGGGCUUCUAGGAGCUGGGGGCGCCCCAGGCUUCUGUAGCCCAGGAGUACUAGAAUAAUGUCACACUCAGCCGGCCGGCCCGGAAGCUCCCUGUCCACUGAUUCUUCCAGGGGUACUGAAUAAUCCAGUGGGGGACAAAGGGCCUGGAGACGUCUAGCCGCAGGCGGCUGCUGGGGCCCAGGUGGGGUAGGGACAGUGAGGGACUAUAGAAGGAAGGCGCCGACUGUGAAGCUGGGCCAUCAGCAACUCAAGACUUUAUCUUCUCGAGAAUAUUUUUUCGAAAUCUCACACUUGACUUCAUGCAGUGAUGCACCUGGCCUGAGAGCCCAUCAGCCUGGCAGUGGGCUUUGGGAAGGGGAGCUGGGACCCCCCAUCUCUGGACCUUGGGGCUGAGUCCUUUGCGUCCUUCCCUGUUCCACUGCUGGGUGGCCAGUGUCCCUGCAGACCCGGGCUGCUCCUCUGUACCUCCCUCACAGCCUGGGUCCCACCGGACAGCGCCUUGCAUGUUUAUUGAAGGAUGUUUGCUUUCCGGACGGAAGGGCGGGAAAAGCUCUAUUUUUAUGUUAGGCUUAUUUCAUGUAUAGCUACUUCUGACUGCAUCUGUAUGAAAAUACCAAAACUACAUGCUGGGGUUGGGGGGGCGGGUAGAGGGAGGGUCUGGGAAGGGGGGGGCUGAUCCCAGGCUGGGGCUCCCUGGGAUAGGAUCAGAGUCCAGGGACAGGCAUGGGUUUGACGAGAGUGGCAUGAGCUGGCUCUGCCCUGGGAGCCCAGUCUGAGGGCAUGAGCCUCCAGUGUGGGGGGUGGUUACGGGAGGGGUGGGUGAGGGAGACAGGGGAGAGCGAAGAAGAAAACUGAGCCCUAGGUUGAUUUGCCGUGGUCAUUUUGAAGGAGGAGCCGGGUCCACAGGGGGAGGUUCCAGGACUCUGCCCUUGGCAUUGUGGGUUGGGGGGCAGGGGGAGUCUCCUCCCUUCCCCUCAGCCCCCUUCCCCAGGGGCUGUGCUUCCAUGCUCCUAACCUCCCACCUUCAGCUCAGGACAUGUCCUAACUUAGGCUAAACUGUGAAAAUUCCCGUGGAGAUGGCCCAGGCCGAGCUUCCCAAGUGGGCCUCCCAGCCCACAGUCCAUAGAUUUCAGCAGAGAGCUGACCCUUCUCCAGCUGUGUCUGGGGCAGGGCCUGGGGCCGGGGGCCUUCCAGCUUCCGUCCCUUAUCUCUUCUCAAUGCACUUUAAUAAUGUAACAUAUUACUAAUAAACAAGCUAUUUAUUUA